AUGCAUCGGGCCGUAAAAUUCGUUCAUGUCAAAAGAAGAAUUCAAAAUUUAUUAUAUUCGACGGCGGCUUUGCCUAAACCUGAUACUUCUCCUAAAAUUCACUGUACUGGUAUCUUUAUCAACAAUGAAUGGAUGACUUCAAAAAAAGGCAAAGUAUUUAAAACUGUUAAUCCAUCAAAUAAUGAAGUCAUUGCUGAAAUACAAGAGGGAGGGGUGGAAGAUAUUAAUGAUGCUGUUGCAGCUGCCAAAUCUGCUUUUAAGUUGGGCUCUCCUUGGAGAACCAUGGAUGCCUCAAAUAGAGGACUUCUUUUAAACAGACUGGCUGACUUGAUGGAGGAAAAUAAAGUAUAUCUUGCUAGUUUGGAAACCUUAGAUAAUGGAAAGCCUUAUGCAAUGUCGUAUAAUGUUGACGUACCGUCAGCCAUUAAAGUGUUGCGUUACUUCGCUGGAUGGGCAGAUAAAGUUCAUGGAAAAACUAUACCGAUAGAUGGAAAUUUUUUCGCUUAUACAAGACAUGAACCUGUUGGAGUUUGCGGUCAAAUAAUUCCGUGGAAUUUUCCUUUGCUAAUGUUAUCCUGGAAAUUAGGCCCAGCAUUGGCUACAGGAAAUACUAUAAUAUUAAAGCCAGCUGAACAAACUCCAUUAACCGCGCUUUAUACUGCUGAAUUAAUAAAAGAAGCAGGUUUUCCUCCGGGAGUUGUCAACAUAGUUCCUGGAUUCGGUAAUGCGGGAGCUGCUUUAGUUCAUCAUCCAGAUGUUGAUAAAAUAGCUUUUACGGGUUCUACUGAGGUUGGGAAAUUGAUACAGCAAGGUGCAGGAGCCUCUAAUUUAAAAAGAAUUUCUUUAGAACUUGGUGGAAAAUCACCAAAUAUUGUAUUGAAGGAUACAGAUUUAGAUUUUGCGGUGCAAAACUCUCAUUUUGCUUUAUUUUUCAAUAUGGGUCAAUGUUGUUGUGCCGGUUCUAGAACAUUUGUCGAAAAUGAUAUUUACGAUGAAUUUGUCGAAAUGAGCGCGGAAAGGGCUAAAAAAGCUAAAGUUGGAGAUCCUUUUGAUAUUGUCAACGAAUACGGUCCGCAAAUAGAUGACGUACAAUUUAAUAAAAUUUUGGGUUACAUAGAAAAAGGAAAAAAAGAAGGAGCUAAACUAGUAUCUGGUGGAUCUGCUAUCGGCAAAAGGGGAUAUUUUAUAGAGCCCACAGUUUUUUCAGAGGUAAAGGAUAACAUGACAAUAGCGAGGGAGGAAAUUUUUGGUCCUGUUCAACAAAUUAUUAGAUUUAAUAAAUUAGAAGAAGUAAUUGAAAGAGCUAACAAUUCCAAUUAUGGUUUGGCCGCAGGAGUUUUUACUAAAGAUUUGGAUAAAGCUUUAUAUAUAGCUCAGGGAAUACGAGCCGGAACCGUUUGGGUCAAUACUUACAAUACAAUAAGUGCACAAGCUCCUUUCGGAGGAUUUAAAAUGUCCGGCAAUGGUAGAGAAUUGGGUGAAUAUGGUUUAGAACACUACACGGAAGUUAAAACUGUCAUCAUUAAAACUCAUGAAAAAAAUAGUUGA